UUGGCGAAAGAUAUUUACAAUUCGCCUCUUCGAGAACAAUGCCACCGUCAACGCCCCCCUUCCUCCUUUCCCUCGCCACUGCCGAACCGGAUCAGGCCUCUUCGUGAAAAAGAAUUCUUUUUGGUUUUUUAGUGUUCUUCGUCUGGAUUUUGUUUCUCCAGCGUAAUUCUGUUUGAAUUCUGAUUUCGUGGCUGUCGUUGCCCGUUUUCCUUUCCAAAGGUCUUUUCUUCGGUUCUGCAUGUAGACUCUACCGCUAUUUGUCAAUAGAUACUGAUGAGGAUGGAUAGUUGUUGUUAAUUUUAGGGUGUAAGAAGAAUUAAGGGCGUUUCAUCUCUUGUAUGCUGAUUGGAAUCUCACAUGUGCUUGUGUUGCACUCGUAAUUGACUUCUGGAAGUCUUAAGCUUCAAGUUUUUAAUCGAUCUUACUUUCUCAUAGGCCCAACGCUCGUCGAGAGGGAGUAUCGCUUUCGUCAUGUCCAUAGGUAGUUCUUCUGAAAUGGGCAGUGCACCUCCACCUACCUCAACACAGUAUGGCAUAACCAAACCAAUCUCGACUGCUGGACCUACUGAGGUUGAUCUCAAGAGGACUGCUGAACUUGAAAGAGUAUGCUUGUUCUCUUGGUUGAUGCUGGACUGUAUGCGAGCAAGGAAGAAUCUACCAAGAGAGAGGAAGUAUUACAAGAACUUGAUAAUAUUGUCAAAAACUGGGUGAAACAAUUAACACGCCAAAGGGGGUUUUCUGAUCAAAUGGUUGAAAAAGCAAAUGCUGUCAUCUUCACAUUUGGAUUUUACAGAUUGGGGUGGCAGGUUCAUGGACCUGGGGCUGAUGUUGACACUUUAUGUGUUGGACCUUCCUAUGUUAACCAAGAGGAGGAUUUCUUUAUUAUUCUCCAUGAUCUAUUGGAUGAAAUGGAGGAAGUCUCCGAACUACAUCCAGUUCCUGAUGCUCAUGUUCCAGUUCUUAAAUUUAAGUUCCUGGGAAUAUCCAUCGAUUUACUCUAUGCCAAUAUAUCACAGUUAGUUAUUUCACUGGAUCUUGACAUAUCACACAGGUUUGUACUUUAUAUUGUUGAUGAGGCAACCGUCGGAAGUCAAGUUUGUGAAUUUCCGGACCACUCUCAGAUCCUUGAAGUUCUGGGCGAAGAGGCGUGGUAUUUAUUCAAAUGUCACUGGAUUUCUUGGAGCUGUUAACUGGGCACCGUUGGUUGCUCGAAUCUGCCAAUUGUACCCUAAUGCUGUGCCCAGUAUGCUAAUCUCACAAUUUUUCAGAGUUUACAGUGGAGGUGGCCAAUCAGCAUGCGCCAACUCCUCUACUUGGGUGUUUGGGUUUGGGUCAAUUCAGGUGCUUGGACUCGGUUCAGGUCAAUCCAGGCACCUAGACUCGGUCUAGACUAGAUUCGGACAAAUCCAGAUGCCUAGACUUGGUCCGGGCCAAUCUAGGCUCUUGGGCUCGGUUCAGACUCCCGAAUCUUUGGAUGCCUGGUCCUUCCUGGAGACCCUUUUUCUAGCCAACUUAUAGUUUUGAUUUUCUAUGGAACACGUUAGUUCAAGUAACAAAAAUUAUCCUAUAAAAGCAGAAUUAGCACAUUAAAAAUAAUAUGAUCAAUUUAUCAAUUAGAUCCUAUCUUUUCAAGACCAAA